AUGAAUAAUCAGGGGGUAAUUGAUAAGCCAGCAUCUGGCAACCCUAGGGCGGAAGAACCGCUGGCGAUCGUGGCAGUGCGUCUCGUUUUCGAGUUCAUAUGGGUACUACUGCGCACGCACUAUGAGAUCGGGAAAGCCGUAUACCAGUGGUUCCUGCCACCGAAGCCGAAGGAUGUCAGUGAAGAUGUAAUAUUGAUAACAGGUGCCGGUCAUGGCAUGGGUCGGGAAGUGGCAAUGCGGUUUGGUCGGUUAGGAGCCACUGUAGUGUGCGUCGACAUAAACCCCGCCAACAACGAGGAUACCGCCAAGAUGAUCAAGAAGGAAAAGGGGAAAGCUUUCCAUUAUGUGUGUGACGUCACAGAUCGUGCAGCCGUGUUCCAGUUGGCCGACAAAGUGCAGCGGGAGGUUGGUGACGUCACCAUCUUGAUGAACAACGCGGGCAUCAUGCCAUGCAAGCCGCUGCUUAAGCAGACGGAAAAGGAGAUACGCACCAUGAUGGACAUCAACGUCAACGGGAUCCUUUGGGCACUUCAAGCAUUCCUUCCCACAAUGCUGAAGAAUAAUAAUGGUCACAUAGUAUCUAUGGCCUCCAUGGCUGGACUCAUGGGGUUGCGCAACAUCGUGCCUUACUGUGGUUCUAAAUACGCCGUCCGAGGCAUCAUGGAAGCCCUCGCUAUGGAACUCCACGAGGAUCUUACUAUUGCAACGAAUGGUAUCAAAUUCACCACGAUAUAUCCGACGAUGGUGAACACGGGCUUGUGCCAGAACCCACGAGUCCGCUUUAAGGCGAUCACCAACGUGGUGGAGAAGGAGUUCGCGGCAGACCUGAUCGUGGACGCCAUCCGCAGGGAAUACCUCGAGAUCACUGUGCCUACCGAGUUGUGGUAUAUGAAUAGGAACCCGUCAUCUGACAUGGUGAAGGAGUUCGCGGCAUACCUGAUUGUGAACGCCAUCCGCAGGAAAUACCUCGAGUUCACCGUGCCUACAGAGUUGUGGUAUAUGAAUAUGUUUAUAUUCCGUAUACUACCCUACAAAGCCGCUUUGGCAAUGAACGAUUUCUUCGGGACCGGCCUGGACCCACACGAAUAGUAUCACCACAAACAACUAAGUUAAUAUUUAAGCGAACAUGCAUUUAUGUUAUUUUUAAACAAUAACUCCCGAAUUUCUCUUUGGAAUGUUGAUCAGAUGCUUUAUGAUUUACAUGUUGUCUUUUGUAAAAGUGUAGGUAUUUGUAAUGUAUAUUUAUUUUUGUAAAUAUUGUUGUUCAUAUUUUGUAAAUAAAAAUAAGGAAAUAUUUUCAAUUGUUUAUUUUCUAUUGUUUACCGUUUUUAAACUCAGACUAACAACUUAGUAGGUAGGCAUUUUUAAGCAUGUGGAUUUUUCUCUAGUAUAUAUUUUUUCCGAACAACUAUGUAAGUAGUGGCGACUGAUAUGUAAAUAAAACUUAUAUUAACGAGUUUGUGCAAAAAAAACAAUAACAGUAACUAAAUUUAUUUUGCGAACAAUAUAGUAGUUGCAAAUAAUUUUCCAUUUUCUACUUAUAGAAUUUGCGAUUUUACAUCUACACACUGAGUACUUAGGACACCUAUGUAUACUAUCAAUGAGGAGCUCGAUGGCGUGAAGGUAAAUGUAUUCGUGGAAGUUUAACAUCUCUCGCAAAGGCUGGGAGAAUAAAUAUUAUCUUCCUCUCCAUGCUUCGGAGAGCACGCCAAUUGUUUGGAACUAGCUGCAUCUGCAGCCGUAGUACCCACCACUCUGCAGGUUGCCCUUGCCCCUUGGUGAGUCAUUUUCCCUAUCCCACCCACAGGAAAGACUCAUGGACUAUGCCCCGGAUGUAAGAAUAGUUAUUUGUGAUAUUAGUGCGAUAAGUUGGUUAUUACAAACGAUAAUCUUCUUAUUCUGAAUCUGGAGAAAACCAAAUACAUAACUUUUUCACCCUCAACUGUGUCACUUCCUCCAACUGAUUUCACACUUUAUGCUCACAGGUAUCAUCAAAACCCUGACUGCAAUUGUGUCCAAAUUACACAUACUUGUUCUAUAAAUUAUCUUGGAGUUGUAUUAGACGCAACCUUAUCGUGGAAUUCGCAUUUAAAUUACUUAAUCCCAAGAGUAAGGAAGCUUAUUUUUAUUUUUAGAAAUUUAAGAACAUCGGCUGAUUUCACAACCCUUAAGAUGGUUUAUUAUGCACUUGGGAGAAUAAAUAUUAUCUUCCUCUCCAUGCUUCGGAAAGCACGCAAAGUGGUUGGAACUAGCUGCAUCUACAGCCGUAGUACCCACCACUCUGCAGGUUGCCCCUUGGUGAGUCAUUCUCCCUAUCCCACCCACAGGAA